AUCAAAAUGAAAAUUCUGAUAUUAUAGAUCCGGAAAUAGUUAAUGAAGUAGUUAGUUCAAUUGGUAAUGGUGCUAGAAGAAGUAUAAAAGAUAUAUUACAAUUUAUUGUUCCAGAUUUAAUUAACAAAGAAAUUCUUAAUUCUCAAGAGCCGGUUAUUAAUUUAAGAAUUUCUGGAGAUGGUAGAAAUGUGGGUAAAAAGAUGAAACACGUCAUGAUUACUUUUGCAAUUUUGGACAAUAUUGACAAUAUACAUAAUCCCGAUCAUCAUUAUAUGGUUGUAUUAUAUCCCGGAUCUGAAGAUUAUAAAUCUUUAGAUGUUGCAACAACUUUACUUCGAGAUGAAUUAUACGAAUUAACAAGAGAAGGAUUAAUAAUUAAUGAAAUUAAAUGGCAUUUUAACUUGUAUUUUAGUUCAGAUUGGAAGUUUCUUGCUAUUAGUUUAGGAUUCAAUGCAGCAAAUA